GCUUGUCUAAGUUCCUCAUUCUGCUGCAGCAGUCCAAGGCUACCAUAUGACCCGCGUGUCAAGCCCUGUGUGUGUGUCAGCGCUCUGAUGAAUAGCACAGAGGGCAUUUCUGAAGACUAGAGGGAAAGAAAAGAAACUUCUUUAAACUAGAUCAACACUUUUUUGCCAGGGAUACAGAGGCAGGAUGGGCUGUCUGAAGUCCACGCUGAACGGAGGUCUGACAAGUGGUAUAGAGAGGAAAGUCAGUCAAAAGGCUCCAAAACCUGAGCAAACACGCUAUGUCAGCAACCCCACCACCAAAACACAACACAGCAAUAGCAGCUCCCUGUUACCAGGUCAAGUGUUCCAGCAGAUUCAAGAGACAGAAGGGGCUGACAAAGUGGUGAUUGCCCUAUACCCUUAUGAAGCAACGCAUCGUGAUGACUUAGGAUUCAAGAAAGGAGAGCAGAUGAAAAUCCUGGAAGAACAUGGAGAUUGGUGGAAAGCAAAGUCUCUAACAACCAACAAAGUAGGAUUCAUCCCAUCAAAUUACGUCGCCCAAGUUGAUACCAUGGAAACAGAAGAGUGGUUUUUCAAAGACAUUAUAAGGAAAGAUGCUGAGAGGCAGCUGUUGGCACCAGCAAACAAACCCGGCGCUUAUCUUAUCAGGGAAAGUGAAACAUCAAAAGGGAAUUUCUCAUUGUCCAUCCGAGAUGUUGAUGCCCAGGGAAUGGAUUCAGUGAAACAUUAUAAAAUCAGAAAGUUGGACAAUGGCGGCUUUUACAUUUCUCCCAAAAUUUCCUUCCCGGACAUCAGCAGCAUGAUUAAACAUUACCGCACUAAGGCAGAUGGCCUGUGUCGUAAGUUAGACCGUCCAUGUGUAAAACCCAAAGCCCAGAGGCCGUGGGACAAGGAUGCCUGGGAGAUUUCUAAAGACUCCAUAAAGAUGUUGAAGAAACUGGGAGCGGGGCAGUUUGGAGAAGUCUGGAUGGCUUACUACAACAACACAACCAAAGUGGCAGUGAAGACCCUGAAGCCUGGCACAAUGACAGUUGAGGCUUUCUUGGAAGAAGCCAACGUCAUGAAAACUCUCCAGCACGACAGAUUGGUGCGGCUCUACGCCGUCAUCACCAAGACAGAACCGAUCUACAUCAUCACUGAAUAUAUGGCAAAUGGAAGUCUUCUAGACUUUUUAAAGAGUGACACAGGGAGCAGACAGCAACUACCAAAACUUAUCGAUUUCUCAGCGCAGAUAGCAGAGGGCAUGGCAUACAUAGAGAAGAGAAAUUACAUUCAUAGAGACCUGAGAGCUGCUAACGUCCUCGUGUCUGAGAGCCUGCUUUGCAAAAUAGCCGAUUUUGGAUUGGCCAGAGUCAUAGAGGACAAUGAGUACUCUGCAAGGGAGGGUGCCAAAUUCCCCAUCAAGUGGACCGCUCCAGAGGCUAUUAACUACGGCACCUUCACCAUCAAAUCAGAUAUGUGGUCUUUCGGAGUGCUUCUCUAUGAGAUUAUCACAUACGGGAAAAUCCCAUAUCCAGGCAUGACCAAGGCAGAGGUGAUGUCCUCCAUACAGCGCGGCUACAGGAUGCCCCAGCCUGAAAACUGUCCCUCCGAGCUGUAUGAGAUCAUGAUGUCCUGCUGGAGGAACAAGCCCGAAGACAGACCCACCUUUGAGUACCUUCAGAGCGUCCUGGACGACUUCUACACUGCAACAGAGGGACAGUACCAGCAGCAGGCGUAGCCGUACCGAGCUGGAAGGAAGUCCCAUAAAGACAUUCAAGCCACAUAAAGACAUUUCACAUCACCUCCACAUUGUGUUUUUAUCUCCCUCAUUCUGAUGUACGCCGGAUUCCCUUGUUUUAUUUUGCUGUUUUGGUUAGAAAUUACAUUUUGUAGUUAUACACCCAGUCUCUCACAGUGUGAAAGCUAAAAUAUUUCAGCAUAUUCCGAACAAUAGAAUUCAUUGUGUAAAUUUUUUAUUUUUUUUUUUUAAAUGAAUAACUACAUUUAAAAGAGAAACAGUUGUAAUUAUAUCUUCCUUUGGGCACUGCUGUCUCCUAGAUAUAUAAUUGGGACUGACUAUAUGCUGAUUGUCGUGUCAUUCUGUUGUGACCAGUGUGUGUGUGUGUGUGUGUGUGUGUGUGUGUGUGUGUGUGUGUGUGUGUGUGUGUGUGUGUGUGUGUGUGUGUGUGUGUGUGUGUGUGUGUGUGAAGCUGCAAUUACGGAACAAAUUCAUUUGCUGCUUUAAAACCUAGACCCCACAAGUUAUUUACCUCGCAGGUUAGUAAAUAACCACAGUGGCCUAGGAGACGUCGGUUUCCCUCGGAUUAUGUCAUUUUUCAAACUCAAGAUAUUUAGCAGAAUGGAAUAUAUUAUUUUUUCUAUGCGAUGAUGAAAGCAUGAGAUAUUAUAUUGAGCUUCAUGUUUGGUAUUAAAUGAGAUAGUGUAAAUGAUGUAUUAAAUAAAAAUAACUACAUGCAGAA